AUGUGGUCGCUUCUCUUUGGGAUAUAUCUUCAGACGACGAUCAUGUACCACUCCUUAGACGAUGUUGAGAACCUUAUUUUUGGAUUGUUGAACCUUUUAUCGGUACUGGUGCCGUUGAUUAAACUAUUGGCUCUGCUCCCACGCAAAAAGAAACUUUUCGGCCUGAUAGCAUACAUGGUGCGAAACUUUUUGAAGGCUGAUUACGACGACUUUGAAACGUCGAUACUGACCACGUGCAAACGCAAAUGCAGUUUCUUCGUUUGUAGCUCUGUCUGCUUUACCGAAUUGACGAUUGUGUCUUACGUCUGCGCUCCACUUCUUGUGAAUUUGUUCAUGAACGAAUCCGAAAGGGUGCUACCCUUCAAAAUGUAUCUUAAUGUGCCAAUACAGGCGACGCCAUAUUUUGAAAUCGCUUAUAUCACACAGGUACUAGCCUUGUGUCCCGUUGGAUUCUCCUAUUUUUCCUUGGACAAUGUCCUCUGCAUAAUAAACCUUCAUAUCGCUGGACAAUUUCGAAUACUGCAAUACAGAUUGUCAGACAAAUACAGUGGACAGGUUCAGAACGGACUCGAUCAGAAAUCAGACUUGUACCUAAAAGAUAAUGCUCCUGACGUGUUUAAAAGCUACAUUCGACAGCAUCAGGCACUCAUUACGUACUGUAAUGAAUUACAAGAAGUAUUCGGCAUUAUUGUACUCGCAUUGUACUCGCAAGUGAUGACGUUCAGUAUGCUCAUUUGUCUGGAUGGAUUUCAGGUGUUACUGUUAGAUCUGAUCCAGAGGAAAGUAAUUUUCUUUUUCCAUCUCCUGACGACCGUAUGUCAAUUAAUCAUGUUUUCGUACAGCUGUGACUGUAUCAUACGUGAAAGUGUAAACUUAGCCACAGCGGCGUUCUCCGGGCCGUGGCUACUAUUACCUUCGUCUAAAGGCAUAGACAACCUAAAGAAAGAUUUUAUAAUGCUCAUCAUGAGAUCUAAUAAACCUUGUUAUAUUUCGGGCCUCGGAUUCUUCAUAGUUUCUUUAGAAACGAGUACUAGGGUGAUAACAACAGCGGGAUCGUACUUCACUCUGUUGCAGCAAACCCAAAGUAAUAUUGAUUCAUAG